AUGAGGCACAGAAGUUUAGAUAUGCCAGCACCUAGUGCCGCUAAUUCUUCAUCUCUAAAUCCAGGCAAAAUUUUACCUCCUUCAAAUGUAGUAACUUGUUUACACGAAAAAAUAGCAGGAUUAGAAAAAAAAUACAAUCAAUUUGUCGGCCAGUGCUCGCAACUUAUGGACGAGAAGCCACAAAACACCUCCCCGAAUAGCUUCUUUUCAGAUGAAUUUCUUUCAACAUUUAAUCAUUUAUCCCCUGACCGUACGAAGUAUGAUUCAACUUAUUACAAUCAAAUAGGGCAAGCAGGAAUCCAAAAGAUUUUUAAAAAUAUAGUUACAAAAAUAGAGUUUGUUCGAGAAAGAAUAAUCCCAUUGCUUUCUCGGAGGACAAAUUAUAAAGAAGAAGCCUUAGAAUUAUUUUCGGAAUUAAAAGAUUAUAUUUGAAGCCAAAUGUUUGAAAAAGCUGAUAUGGACGUUGACAGUGGAGGAGAAACCCAUAAUGCCAGAGAAGUCCAGAGAUAUCAAGAAAUAUUGAAGUCAAUAAUAGAAAGUAAAAAAGAAGCUGAUGAAAAAAUUGAAGAGCUAAAAGACCUUUUGAAUAAGAAAAAGCUUGAAAAUAUUAAACUUGAAUAUAAAAUCCAACAAUUUCACAACAAAAUUGAGUCUUUGGUGGAUGAGAACAAAAAACUUAAAAAUGAUUUUGAAAUUGGCGACGCACUUUCAAAAACAUUGCCUAAAUCGAAAAACUUGAGUAAUGAGCCAGUCAAUAGAUUUAGAACUAUGAUGUCUCCAAAUAGGAAAAGUAGUGCAGAAGAUUUGAAAUUUGAGUUAAAAAAAAUAAAAGAAGAGUUACAAAGAAUUAAAGAAGAAAGAGACCUGCUUAAAACAUGAAAAGAAACUACAUCAAAGUCUUUGAUUCAAGAUUAUGAAAAUGAAAAAGCCUUAUUUCAAAGUAAAUUAGAUUCUUUACAAAAAAAACUGUUAGGAUUUUCUAAAGUCGCACAAAAUUUAGUUGAAGAUAGUUUUAGACACGAGAUGACACUAACAAGUGGCGAUUGGGGAAAUCUUCAAUAUAAAACUCAAGAUAAUCGAAGUAUAAGUAGAUCUAGACAAGAAAGUCCUAUGCUAAGUCCACUAGAAUCUCCAAAAGCAUCUGAAACAAAUAAAGGAUCUUCAUGCUCACAAUAUGAAACAAUUGAAUUUGUACAAUCAAAGCCUUUUGGAAAAACUACUAAUUCCUUUAUUAAAAAGCCGGAAAGAAAAACUCAUUUAAGGUCUAAUAAGCCUGCAGACAGAAGAUCUCCUAAAAUAACAGAGCGUUACGGAGAUACCAUUGAUGAUUUGAAAAGGACUUUGCAAGCCAGCAAUAAAAUUUCUAAUUCCCUCCGUGAGGAAAUAAAAACCAUUGGAAAAUCCUUAUUUUUUUACUCUGAGAACGAACAAAUAUUUUUUAAUAGAAAAAUUUUUGAUGAAAAAAUAUUUGAUAUAUAAGUGAUAAUUAGUAUAAUGAAAUCUCUAGCUAAUUCUGGUUAAUUUUAAACAGCUUGCAUUUUAAAACAUAAAUUUUGCAUAUUAAAUUAAAUUUUGAAGAAAAAAAAAUACUAUCAAAUAUAUAUAUAUAUUUAUACAUAAAUUUUUAAAAAAAAAAUUAGCCUCGUCUAUAAGCGAACAAAAAUUUUUUUGUUCGCUCACGUAGGGGAGUAAAGAAAAAAUCCAAGAUUUGAUAAUAAAAUUUGAAAAUGACAUACAAAAACAAAUGAGGGCGAUAAAUAGCAAUGUCGAAGAUAAAAUAGAUUUAUUUGAGAACUCAUUUAAAAAUAUGCAUGGGAAGCUUCAGAGCAUUUUUGAUACAAUGAUUUCUUAUACUAGUCUUAAUAAUAAAAGAAAAGAAACAAUUGACAGCUUAGAAAGAAAAUUAAAAAUACUUCAGUCUGAACUCGAAAAACAUAUUUCUAUGGAAGAACUUCUUGAUAGCAAAAUCAAAGCUAAAAGUUCUGAAAUUCUUCAAUUGACGACCGAGAAAAAUGAUUUGAAUAAAAAGUAUCAAGAUUUACAAAAGAAAUAUAAGGAAUUAGAUGAAAAUUAUCAAGGGAUUGGAUCACAAAUAAAAGACCUUGAAAAUGAAUUGCAUGAUAAAAAUGACGAAGUAAUUGGACUAAAUAAAAAACAUAAAGAAGAGAUAUCUAUUGCAGGAGCAAGAGUAGAAAAAUUACUUAUGGAAAUUUAUGAUUUAAAGGAUAAAAAGAAUGAGUUGGAGAACGAAAAAAAUGAGAUGAUAAAAGAUAUUGAGAAAUCAAAUGAUAUGCUAAAAAAUAUUCAAAAGUCUAUUCAAAUUAAUGAGCAAACAAUAUUAAAUCUGAGGAAAGACGCAGAAAAACAUAAAGGAGAUGAUGCUGAAAAUGCCAAGCUUAAAAAAGAAUUAGAUAUCUCUUGCAAAAAAGAAAAAGAUUUAUUCGAAAAAAUUGCUCAAUUAAAAUAUGACACAGAAAAUGAAGCCAAAACAUAUCGGAAUGAGCUUAUAAGAUUAAAUCAAAGUCUUGACGAUUACAAAGCUAAAUUUGAAGACCAAAAUUUCAAAAUAUCAUCACUAUCUACAGAGAUUGAAAAUUUGCACUUUAUCAAUGAAGAACUAAAAGACGAGCUUUUAGAGGCAGCCAACUCAAAAAACUUUUUAGAAAAUAAAGAAAAAGCUAGCAAAGUGCACCUAGAAAACGUUUUGGAAGAAAAAAAUUGAUUAAUUCAAGACCUCAAAUCAAAAGACGAAAAACUUCAAAAAUUGAAAUUAAAAUUUGAUGAUUUAACAAAAGAGCACAAAGAUUUAGAACUAAAAUAUGCGAACCAAGCAAAAGAAGUGAUUCUUUUGAACACAGACGCUCUUAGAACUCAAAAUGAUAAUUUAUCAUUAAAAGAUGAGUUAAAUUCUUUAAAGGAAGCCCAUAGUAAGCAAGAAAACGAGCUUGAAUCAUUAAAGAAAUCAUAUAAUGAUAAUGAAAUAAAUCUCAAAAAUUCCAAUAAAACUAUUGAGCUGCUAAAUGCUAAAAUAUUAGAAAAAGAAUCGGCUAUAAACUCAAAUAAUGAAAAAAUUAAUAUCCUACAAAAUGAAAUUUCACAAUUUUAUGAAAAAUCAAAUCAGCACGAAGCUUGCAUCAAUAAUGUCAAAGAAGUGGAAUCUAAGCUUCUUAUUGUAUCUAAAGAAAAAGAUUUCUUACUCCUCUCCCUCAGCCAGCGAACAAAAACAUUAUAUUCGCCUUGAAGGUAUUAAUUUUUUUAGAAGUUUAAAAAAAUCCAAAUUCAUAAUAAUUUUAAAGCAAAUAUUAAUUUAAAUUGUAAAAUACAUGCUUUAAAAUGAGAGCUGUUCAAAAUUAAACAGGUUAGUUAGAGAUUUUAUUAUAAUAAAUUAUCACUUAUAUAUCAAAAUAUUUUUAAUGAAAAAAUUGUUAUUACGGAUUUUUCAAUAGUUUUGCUCGUUCACAGGCAGGGAGGGAGUUAGAAAAAGAAUUGAAAUGCUUGAAAAAUUUAUAUCCAUUUUAUAUAAAUAGUUAUUUUAAGUUUAUUACAGCUAUUAAUAAAUUAAAAUGUUAUAUCUCGAACACUUUACUUUCAGAAAGUAUAAACACAGAUUUAACUUAUGAAAUUGAGGCGAAAUUACUAUUGAUAAAAGACUUAGAAGUUAAAUUGGAAGGCACAAAUAAAAAGUAUGAGCAAAAAUCUAAAGAGCUUAACGAUGAACUAAAAUUAAAUCAAGACUAUUUAGAAAACUUGCAAGAUGAGUUAAAUACAUACCAUCUAAGCUAUUCUCAGCAGCAAGACCAAUUAAAAGACGCUUUAGAAGCUGCAGCACAACUAGAUAAGCAAAAAUCGAUUCUACAAAAAGAAAUUAAUGAGCUAAAGCAAACUCUUUUAGACUAUGAAAAAAUUGUCGCAGAAAACAAUAAACUAUCUAUACAAGUUGAGGAACUUAAAUCAGAAAAAAAUAUAUUGGAAAAGCAUGAUGAUGAAUUCAGAAGGAAAUGUGAAGAAAUUGAAAGCCAGAAAAAUGAAUUAGAGAAAAAAUUAGAAACAGAAGAAAAUGAUAAAAAUAUAUUAGAAGAAACCAUUGAGUCUUUAAAAAAUAGCUCAAAAGUUUUAGAAAGUGAAAAUAGUGAGCUAUUAAAAUCCAUUGAAAUAUUGAAAAUUAAAAAAGAAGUUUUGGAAAAUGAAAAUAAAAGUCAGCAAAUUGUGACAAACGAGCUCAAAAUGAAGAUAACUAAUUUACAAGAAAUUGAAUCAGAAAAGUUUGAGAUGGUAAAAUAUUUACUCCCCCCCCCCCCCCCCGUGAGCGAACAAAACCAUUAGAAAAAUCGCCAUUUUUUGACCAAAAACCCACCCUCCGUGAGUGAACAAAAAUUUUUUUAAUAGAAAAAAUUUUAAUGGAAAAAAAAUUUUGAUAUAUAAGUGAUAAUUAGUAUAAUGAAAUCUAGAGCUAAUUCUGUUUAAUUUUAAACAAAUUGCGUUUUAAAACAUAAAUUUUGCAAAUUAAAUUAAUAUUUGCUUCCCAAUUUUUUGCAAAUUAGGAUUUUUUUAAAUUUCGAAAAAAUAUUUUUUAUAAAAUUUAUAUAUAAAUUUUUUUUUAAAAAAAAAAAAUUAACCCCCCUCCGUGAGCGAACAAAAUUUUUUUGUUCGCUCACGGAGGGGGGGGGGGGAGUUAGAAAUUAUUGAAGCAGAAAAAGAAAAAUUAGCAAAGAAUAAAGAAAUAAUUGAAAUUCAAAAUAAAGAGCUAACUGAAAAUAUGGAGUUUAACAAAAACACAAUUAAUGAUUUAUACCAAAAACUCUCUAUUUUUGAGGAAAUUAAAAGUAUAACUUGUUAGAUUAAAAUAUAAAAUUGGUUUGAAAAAAAUCCAAAUUUAUAAAUAAUUUUUUUAAAUUAAUAAUGAGUUAAAUAAAAGAAGUACAACAAUGAUAUGCUAUCAAAAGAAUUGCAAGCCUUAAAAGCAGAAAAAUCAGACUUAUUAAACCAGAUUUCACUAGCAGAAUCUAAAAGCAGUGAAAAGAAUAAGGACUUAGAAUUUUUAAGAAAUCAAAUUAUUGAGCUUGAAACAAAAGAAACCAAAUAUCAAGAGCAAAAUGAUCGUUUAUUUGAAAAUCUUCGUAUGUGUGAGGUAGAAAAUACCGAGUUAUCUCAAAAUAUACUUAAGCUAGAAGGCGAAAUUAAAGAUGUGCAUGAUGAACUCAAUGAAAAAAAGCAAGUUUUCGACAAGCUCACUGAGGAUUACAAUGAAAAAAAUAAAAUAAUCAGCGAAUUGACUGAAGAUUUCAAUGAAAAGAUUAAUGAAAAAGAUCAAAUGAUUAACAGACUCACUGAAGAUUUCAAUGAAAAAAUCAAUGAAAAAGAUCAAAUAAUUAGCAAACUCGCUGACGAUUUCAAUAAGAAGUUCAAUGAAAAAAAUCAAAUAAUUAGCGAUCUCAUUGAUGAUUUAAAUAAGGAAUUGAAUGAAAAAAAUCAAAUAAUCAGCCAGCUGACAGAUGAUUUGAAUAAAGAAUCUAGUGAAAAAAAUCAAAUAAUCAGCAAACUCACUGAAGAUCUAAGCAAAGAAUUGAAUGAAAAAAAUCAAAUUAUCAGCAAACUCAAUGAAGAUUUAAUAAAGGAAUCAAAUGAAAAAAAUCAAUUAAUUUCAAAGCUAACUGAAGAUUUUAAUAAAGAAUCCAAUGAAAAAAAUCAAAUAAUCAGCAAACUUACUGAAGCUUUAAAUAAAUCAAACGAAAAAAAUAAAAAAAUCAGCAAACUCUCUGAAGAUUUAAAUAAAGAAAUCAAUGAAAAAACUCAAAUAAUCAGUAAACUCACUGAAGAUUUACAUAAAGAAUCAAGCGAAAAAAAUCAAGUUAUCAGCAAACUCAUUGACUUCCACUCUCCGCUAGUGACCAAAAAAUCAUUGGAAAUAAUCUCUAGUUUUGGGUAAAAACUAAAAUAUUUUAUUAUAAAAAUCUCUUGUGAAAAAAAUAUUUUGAUAUAUAAGUGUUAAUAUUAUCCAAUCUGGAGCUAUUCUCUUAAUUUUAUUUUAAACAUAAAUUUUGCAAAUUAAAUAAACUCUUGUUUCUAAUUUUUGUGAAUAGUGAUUAUUUUAAAUUGAAAAAAAAUUUUACUAUAUAUAAUUUUUUAAAAAUAUAAAACCCUCGGUUAGUGGACUAAAUCUUUUUGUUCGUUCACAGAGUAUGUAGUGAGGAUUUAAAUAAAGAAUCCAAUGAAAAAAAUCAAAUAAUCAGCAAACUAACUGAGGAUUUAAAUAAAGAAUCCAAUGAAAAAAAUCAAAUUAUCAGCAAACUAACUGAGGAUUUAAAUAAAGAGUCCAAUGAAAAAAAUGAAAUUAUCAAAAAACUCUCAGAAGACUUAAAUGAUCAUUCCAUUGCAAUGAGCAAGCUCAAAGAAAAUAUUUUGGAAUCAGAGUCUCUCAUUGAGAAAUAUAAAUCAGAUAUAUAUAAUUUCAGAAAAGAUAUUCAAUCAUUAGAAAACCAGCUAAAAAUAAAAGAAGAUGCCAUUAUAAAGCUUCAAAAAGAUUUAACAAAUGAGCAGCAAAUUUCAAAAUGUCUCGAAAAUGAAAAAGUAUCUCUCGCACACCAAAAAGCAACCGAAAUAGCUAAAAUAAGUGAAGAUCUUGAAGAGGAAAAAAAGAGUAAUGAUUCUCUAUGUAUGAAACUGAUAGAAAUUAAAGAAAAGCAUGAAAUAACUCUUGAAGAAAAAGAUCAGCUUUCUAAUUACAAUAAAAAAUUAAGCAAAAAUACUGAGAAAUUAGAAGAAAAAAUAGAAAAUCAUGAAAGAACGAUUUCUCAUCAAGAGACAACAAUAAAUGAAUUAAAAGAAGUUAUUGGCUCUAAUAAAGAUCUUUUAAAAGACAAAUUAGUAGAAGUUGAAGCUAGGCUACAAGAGGCAGAGAGCCAAUUAGAAGAUAAAGAAAAAAUAAUUGCUCAGCUUAAAGAAGAAGCCAAUCAUUUUGACAACAAAUUAAAAAGCUUGAAUGGCACAAUUGAGGAUCUCAAAAUAGAAAAUGAUAAUUUGGAUAAAAAAAUUGAUGAAAUAAAAAGAACAAAAGACGAAGAAAUUUUAUUGAAUAAUAAAAAAUUUUCAGACGAAAAAGCUUUAUUGGUUUCACAUGUGAGUGGGUAUAAAUUGAAAUUAAACAAUCUCAAAGGUAAUUUAAGCGAUAUUGCAAAGGAGAUUAAAGAAUUUAAAGAAGAAAACAAUUUAAUGAUAUCUCAAAUCAUUGAUAAAAGCGAUAAACGAAAUAAAGAAUUCAGCAAUAUAAUAUUGAAAAAGGAUGAAGAAAUCAAACUAAGCAAAAAAGAAAUUUUGGAAGAAUUUGAAAAAAAUUCAGCUCUAAAUGAACAAAUAAAUCAGCUGCAUAUAAAAUUAUAUGAAGGCCAAACAAAAAGCGCAGGCUGGAGCGAUUUAAAAGAAAAUUUUGAAAAAUCAAUUAAAAGUUUGAGAGAAGACAAUGAAAAUUUAAGGGAUAUAAAUAAAAAAAUCAGCAAUGAAUUAGAGGCGUGAAAGCGAAACUACGAAGAAAUUUAUAAGAAAAAUGUUAGUAACAGGGACACGAUAGACAAAUUGACAGAAGAAAACCACAGCUUACAAUUGGAAAUUUCUAAUAAAAAUCAAAAAAUUGAAGAAUCAUCCAAAAUUCUUUCUAGUUUUAAAGAAGAGUCAAACAACGCCAAAAAUGAUUUAGAAAAAGAGAUAGAGCGUCUUCAAUCUCUUAUAGAAAUCUCUCUUUCCUCAAAGCCUAAUGAAAAUAAAGACGACUUAGAAGAUGAAAUCAAAUAUCUAUCUUUAGAUAUCAUUAAAUCCAAUUUAAUAGCAGUGGAAUCUGAAAGUGACAUACAAAUUAUUCGCACUUGCAUUGAUUCUUAUAUACAGAUUUCCGAGCUUUUGAAAUCAGAGCUGUCUAAUGAGCUUUCUACAGCAGAAAACUUAAAAAUGCUUAUUAAAUUUUAUAAUGAAAAUAUCUCAAAAUCUCCAUCAAGAUCUCCUACCUUAGAUACAAAAGAGCCUUAUAUUUCUCAGCUGAAAGACCUCAAAACACAAAUAACAAACCUUGUCCAAGAAAAUAAAUCCUUAAAAGCCCAUUCUCGCAAGCAAAGUAGAGAUUUUGAAGACCCAGACCUUAAUCCUUGCUCAGUCCCUAUUGUAAUUGCAAAAUGCGUCAAAGUAGAUGGCAUUAAAUGGGUUCUCGUUAAAGAAUCUGAUGGAAAUUAUAUUUGGUAUCAGGAAAACCAGCUUUCUUUAUCUCAUGAAGUCAAUGAAUCAGAAGAAGAUAUAGAUGAAAUCAAAACAGCUUUAGGAGAAUACUAUCAAGGGAGUAUAUUAAAAUCGAUUUAUGUGCUGAAACAGCAGUCUUCACCACCGAAAAAAACUGAAGCUAAAGAAAGCCAGACUGAGUGUAUUUUUGGAGAUGUCUUUGGGGAAAUUUCACAUAUAAAAGAUACACCUUUUGUAUCAGUAGAUUUUGAAAAUGAGUUUGAAAUAUAUUUGACAUCAGAAGUGGAGUCUGAGUCAAAUUCUAGUAAUUUGAAAAGUGAUUUAGAAAAAAUUAAGCAUGAGCUAGAAAAAAAGACCAUUAAGUAUUUAGAAAAAAAGAGGAGACUUAAGCUGAAUCAAGAACAGAUUGAUAUCUUAAAGCAGCAAAUUAGAGAAAAUGACGCUAAAAUAAAGCAGUUAGAGCAAAUCAGAGAAAAUGACGCUAAAAUAAAACAGUUAGAAUCGAUAGAUUUGAAUUAUUUGAAAAAUCUAUUUUCAGAGCUCAUCAAAGGCACUCCACCCUUGGCAAAUGACGUUGAAAGAAUUGUGAAAAUAUUUUACAAAAUUUUGAAUUUUUCACAAAGCGAAGAAGAUAACAUCCAAAAUGAAAGGAAGAACAAGCGUCCUAAAAAUAUUAUUAGUCUGUUUCGAUAA